GAGGAACGAGAGAAACAACGCCAGGAGAGGAGAGCCAGGAGAGAGGGAGGGAAGGAGGAGAAGAAGCCCAAGGUGAGAGAGAGCAAGCCGACCAAAGUUGUGAUUGAUGAUGAGGAGGAGAACAAGGAGAGGAGGAGGAGGCAGAAAGAGGACGACCGUCGCCACGGCGACCGUAAACACAACAAAGAGGAGGAGCCACGGCGACACGGAGAGGACCGGGACGGGGACAGACGACACCAUGACAAGGACCGCGAUCGUGAGAAGAGGCACCGGGAGGAGAGAGAGAGCAAACGCCGUCACGAGGAUGAGGAUGAGGAGAGGAGGCGACGUCACAAGCGAGAGGAAGAGUCGUCAUCUCGGAGACACCAUGGCGACAGCGAGCGUCGCCGACGACACGAGGGCGGCAGUGACAGACGUCAUGGAGAGGAGACGUCGAGUCACAGACGCAGGAAGGAGGAGAACGAUGAUGAG